CUUCAAUAUGUUAUGGUAACGCCUUCAUGUAAUAUUUCGACGAAAACCAAUGACAAUUAUGUGGAGAAAGUUUACUACUGCGUUUAAUAUUUCCGUAUCUACGAUGCGAAAUUAUGGAAGAGUGGAUCCUGAACAACAACAACCCGGCCCGGGCCCCGGUUGAUAACCCCACUGUAUAAGACUUGGAUCCCUUGCUCGUAGCAAUUGAUUUCUCUUUCUUUUUCCUUUUCUUCUUUCUUGAGCAUACUGUCUCUCUGAAACCGCGUCUUGUUUCGAUACCCCUUCUCUUACGUCGUACGCUCGCACUGCACAAAGAAAGGAAGCAUAUAUUGCAAUUCAAUCUUGGACUAGCAAAAAGGAGACUUAAAGGAGAAUCAAAACGAAAAUGCCUCUCGUCAAAAUCGAUAUGAUCAAGGGCGUCCGCUCCCCAGCGGAAAUUCGCAAACUCGCGGAUGUGGUGCAGGAUGUGAUGCUCACGACCUUUAAUGCGCCGAAGAGGGAUCGGUAUCAAAUCAUCACUCAGCACGAAGAUUAUGAGUUGAUCUGUGAAGACACCGGUCUUGGCCUCACCCGCACCAACAAGCUCGUCAUCAUUCAAAUCUUCCAGCAAGGCCGCUCUGCAGAGGUCAAGCACACUGCCUUCGCGGCCCUCGCCAAGCAGCUCGGUGAAGAGUGCGGUCUGUCCGGCGAGGACUUGAUUAUUUCUUGCAGCGCCAAUACCAAGGAAGACUGGAGUUUCGGUAUGGGCCGUGCGCAAUUCAUUACUGGCGAACUAUAAAUUGCGCUUGGAUGGCAUGAUUCAAGGGUUGGAGAGGAAGAAAAAAAAAACAAACUGCGAUUUUAGAAUAUAGAUUAUAGACCUGCUUGCAUUCGAUUUUGCUUCGGUAUGAAGGGAUAUGUAUGAGCAUUUUCUGGUUGCAUUUAGCAUGAAGGGUAGAAAAAAUCAUUUGCUGUC